AUGACAGAUGGGUGGUCGGGUGGUCGGGUGGCCAGAUGGCUCCAUGAUCGAUCCAAACCAAACAACAAUACGACGCUAACAUACAAGCCAGAACAAGGCGCCAAAGCCAUACCAUAUAACGAUACUAGAACUAACAGCAACGCGACACAGGAUCCAAAACAGACCACGGACCCAGAUCGAAACCUCAACACGACACCAGAUCCAACUAUCAACACGACACUAGAACCAAACAUCAUAACGACACCAGAUCCAACCAUCAACACGACACUAGAACCAAACAUCAUAACGACACCAGAUCCAACCAUCAACACGACACAGGAGUCAAACAUCAACACGACACAGGAGUCAAACAUCAACACGACACCAGAUCCAACCAUCAACAAGACACAGGAGUCAAACAUCAACACGACACCAGAUCCAACCAUCAACACGACACAGAAAUCAAACAUCAGCACGACACCAGAUCCAACCAUCAACACGACACUUGAACCAAACAUCAUAACGACACAAAAACUCAACAUCAACACGACACCAGAAUUAAACAUUAACAUGACUCCAGAACUGAACAUUAACACGACACGGGAGCCAAACAUCAACACGACACCAGAACUAAACAUUAACACGACACUUGAACUAAAAAUUAACACGACACUUGAACCAAACAUUAACACGACACCAGAACUCAACAUCAACACGACACAGAACCAAAACAUUAAUACGACAGGGGAGUCAAACAUCAACACGACACCAGAACUAAAUAUUAACACGACACUUGAACCAAACAUCAGCACGACACCAGAACUAAACAUUAACACGACACAGGAGUCAAACAUCAACACGACACCAGAACUAAACAUGAACACGACACCAGAACUAAACACUAAUGCGACACGGGAGUCAAACAUGAACACGACACCAGAACUAAACAUCAACACGACACAGGAGCCAAACAUCAACACGACACCAGAACUAAACAUCAACACGACACAGGAGCCAAACAUCAACACGACACCAGAACUAAACAUUAACACGACACGGGAGCCAAACAUCAACACGACACCAGAACUAAACAUCAACACGACACAGGAGCCAAACAUCAACACGACACCAGAACUAAACAUUAACACGACACAGGAGCCAAACACCAACUUGACGUCGCCAGAACCAACACUUUUAACAUGA